GAAAGGGAUCAUCUCCGUCAGAAUUCGUACGCCGGUCGGAAAAAAAUAUCUAGAUAAGGCUCGCAAGCACCGCUUAUUCUUUUUAGCAUCGUGUUAGCGUGAAGGUGAGGCGAGGGGUAGAAAGGCGAAGAUGCGGAGAUCGGCGGGGAUGGGGGGAGGAAGAGUGCUGCGUGCGGUGGGGCGAGCGGUCGGCUCAGGAGUUGCGGGAGUGAAGGACGUGGUAUCGGGCACGACUGGUAAUAGAGCGGCGAUGCCGGCUCGAGUGGCGGCGCUUUCCUCUCGUUCGGGCUCGAGUUCAGCGGCCGUCGUGGCGGCGGCGACUCGAGGUUCGGCGCUCUAUUUAUGCGAUGGGGAAGAGUGGGAGACCAUUGAAGGAGAGGAUGAGGAGGUGGAGAUGGAGGAGCGGUUUGAGCGGUUCGUGUUUGGCCCGGUACCGACCACGCAGGAGGCCGAGGAGGCUGUGUCCUCUAUUCAGCAAAUGUUUAUUCCAGUUCCCUUUGGUGAGAUAAUAGAAAGGUCUCCUCAUGAACAAGAGGAAGUUAAGGAUAAAGCAGUAACUUCAACAACAACAAAAAUAUUGCCACGGUCAUUGUCAGCCGAAUCACAGUCUGAUUGGAUUGAGCCCGUCAUGCAUCUUUAUAGCUCUAAAAAUUGCCAAUCUCGAGAACGGGAGAAGGUUCUUGAUGCAUUUCGCUUAUUACAAAUGAAUCCUUCUAUUCAGAAGGUGGUUGUUUCAUUGUCAUCUGAUAGAGCUGUAUGGGAUGCAGUUAUGAAGAAUGAGGUCGUACAAGAAUUCAAGAAAUCCUUUUAUGAAGCUUUAAUAUCAGCUGAAAGUAAGUCACAAGAUCCAAAUGAAGAAGACGCCCAUCCUGUCAAUGGAAUCCUGAAAUGGAUCGCCGAUGCGAAGGCAAAAAUCAUGGAAGUACUGGACAAGAUUGCAAAGCACUUAAGUCAGAUAUUUCAUUCUCAUGGAGCCAAGGAUGAACUUGAUAUUUUCGACCAUGUUCUGCAAUCCUCGUUUAUGCUUUCUGUACUUGUCUUUAUAGUUGUCGUUAUGAAUCGUGUUCAACAAUCCUAACGGCAGCUUCAAUCAGCCGACAUGACAAAUUUGUAUCUACUUUUGAAAUACAUAAAUAAAACUUUGUUGUUUCAGUACAAGGAAUUUGAAGGUCUGUGCCAUCCUGAUGAUUAUA